CCACUCUUCAUUGUCCUUGACCACCGACGGAAUGGCGGCCAGGAAACUCCAAACCGAAAUUGACCGAACCCUCAAGAAAGUCUCGGAGGGCGUCGAGCUAUUCGAAAGCAUAUACGACAAAAUGCAGGCAUCGACAAAUCAGCCUCAGAAAGAGAAACUCGAGCUGGAGCUGAAGACGCAAAUCAAGAAACUGCAACGUUUACGAGACCAGAUCAAGAACUGGCUGACGAGUAAUGAUAUUAAAGACAAGAGUCAGUUGCUGGAGAAUCGGAAACUAAUAGAGACGCAAAUGGAGAGAUUCAAGGCGACAGAAAAGGAAAUGAAGACGAAGGCGUUCUCGAAAGAAGGGCUUAUACAAGCGGCCAAGCUAGAUCCGAAGGAGCAGGAGAAGGAGGACACGAUAGCCUGGUGUCAAAGUCAGGUCGAGGAGUUGCAGAUGCAAGUGGAACAGGCAGAAGCGGAGAUCGAGACCCUGCAGGUUACAGGGAAGAAGAAGAACAAGUCGGGAUCUGCGGCCAGUCGACUAGACGAACUGGAGACCUUGAACGAGCGACGAAAAUUCCACAUCGGACGAUUGGAAAUCAUUCUGCGGCUCUUGAAUAACGGAUCUCUCUCGGCGGACAAAGUGCUGUCGCUGAAAGAAGAUGUGCAGUACUAUGUUGAAACCAAUACGGAGGAGGGCGUCGGCGAAGAUGAUGGAAUCUAUGACGACCUCAAUCUCGACGAAGAGGAAGAACAAUUUGGCAUAGCAGCUGAAGACGAUGAAUCGGACGACUCUGAUGAAGCUAGCGAAGAUCUCCCUCCACCUCGACCGUUGCCAAAGAAGAUUGACGAAGAAAGCGCUGCCAAUAGCAAAAGUCCAAUAUUAAAGAAGGCCGCAGUCACUCUACAACUUCGAAAAUCCUCGAUUGAUGGUAUAUCGAAUUGUCGUUCCGGUUGUUCCAAACUUAUUGACAUCAGCUACACCAUCCAAACCUCCACCGCACCCAAAUUUUGCGCAACAACCUAUGUCAAGUAUUUUGAAAGCUGGCCUGCCUUCGGCACCGGCACCGGCACCGGCACCUCCGCCAGCACCAACAAGACAGGCCACGUUGCCAGCCGUGCGGUAUUCCGUUGCCGCGGCUGGAGGAAGCAAUGUGCAUGCUUCUACUUCCUCCCAACCUGCACCCCCAGCACCUGUUGUCAUGUCGCCUUCCGCUGGGCGAUCUCAAGCAAGUCCGCCCACCGACACAGCGCUGUCGUCACCCAGUCUGACUCAUCCUUCCGUGACAAGUCCGAUGCUGUCAUCGUCUGCCUCCGUCUCUCAUCAGCCGGAUUUCUCGUCUCCUGCGCUGUCGGAAGGCGUGCCAAGCUCUCUCGGGGACCAGCGGCAACCUCCUCACCGCCUAGACCGCGCAAUGACUCACCAUCACGAGCAGAUACCCAUUCUCCCAGUCCACCGUCAUCAGCUGCCAUACCUCGACAGUCUACGCCUCAGUUUCCUCCCGGGGUCAAGAUGUCGCAGAGCGAGCAGUCCGUGGGAACAGCACCGUCGCGGACCAGUGCUGGUGCCUUCCCAGGGUCUUUAUCGGAUCUCGUGGUGUCUUUCGAGGCGGUCAAGCAAAAGGCCGCAGUACGGAUGUCGAAUCUCGAUCAGGUGCACAAGAUCCUCCAGGGCGGGUAUUCCAACGUCCCUCAGCCGCAGGACACCGAAAAGGCCAAAUACUACGUGCCUCGCAAUCCGUUCACGACACAGGCCUAUUAUCCUCAAUCGCCGCAUCCCCUGUUGAGUACUGCCGCAAUCUUCUCGCAGCUUGACGUAGAGACGCUCUUUUACGUGUUCUAUUAUCUGCCCGGGACCUAUCAGCAGUACCUUGCGGCCAAGGAGCUGAAGCGCCAGUCGUGGCGAUUCCAUGUCAAAUACUUGACAUGGUUCCAGCGACACUCGGAGCCUCAGGCGAUUACUGAGGAGUACGAGCAAGGCAUCUAUGUCUACUUUGACUGGGAGGGAUCGUGGUGCCAGCGUAAGAAGUCCGACUUCCGAUUCGAGUACCGAUAUCUGUCGGAGGACUGA